UCAGGGGAACUUACAUGGUGGAGCAAUGAAGUUGUACUUCGUGUGUGGGCUGCUUCUGUUUGGCGUCUGUGAUGUUGCUGCCAAAACCAUCAUGGAGGCUAUGAGUUCUAGGUACGACAUCAUGUCCUUCACAAGUCUCGUGCGAAGAGCGGGUCUUCAAAGUCUCCUCACCACGGGAAACUACACGGUCUUCGUCCCAACAGACUCGGCACUUGAAACCUUACCUGCAGAUAUGAUUUCGCAGCUGUACCAGAACAUCACCCAAUUGAAGGCCAUGGUCAACUAUCACAUCGUGCCGUACGCUGGGAUCACAGAGCGCGAAUGGACAGGAGAGAAAGUCAACACCCUGACGUCACAACCUGUUCGCCUGGCCACCUACCCACAUAACAAUGUGACUGUUGUUAACGGCGAGGUCCUGCAGGAGUCCAACAUGACCGUGUCAAAUGGACAUAUUUAUCUGCUGAGCUCUAUCCUGAGCCCCCCGACGGCUGAUGUUGUCCGAACCCUAGAGCAGGACGCCAAGUACUCCAAAUUUCUCACGGCGGCCGCUUUAUCGGGAAUGACGAGUAAACUUAAAGAAGACAACAUCACAGUCCUUGCUCCUUACGAUCUUGCAUUUGACAACAUGUAUAAAAAUAGGACGGAUGCUUUGUUUAACAGCUUAAAUAUGAUGAGAGCAAUGGUGGAAUUCCACGUCGUGCCAGGCACCUACUACACGUCUGGGUUUUAUGACGAAGAGAAAAUCAGGGAUGACAACAGUAGAUACGACAAUAACCUCGUCGUGCACGAAUACGGAAGGCAAUCCUUUAGGAUUAGCCCGUUUGAAGGAAACGUCUUGAACGAGGACUGGGUUGCCACCAAUGGCGUCAUCCAUGCUAUCAGUGGCGUGAAGGUAACAUGGGCGUACCUUCGAGGUCUCGACGCGAUAAUUGGAUGAAAGCAAUGUUUGAGACGACACACUCAAAAUAAAGAGAUGUUGGUAUGAA